CGUAAAAACUUGGCGGGUGUACGUCAGUAAACAUUAACGAGAACGCGAAACGUUUGUGUAUUUAAAACUGUUUCGACUGGUGCCAGUUGACGCACCAGCUGUCGAUUUGGACAAAAAAGCCGCCAGGUGCAUGACGUAGGGCGUGUGUGUGUGUGUGUGUGUGUGUGUGUGUGUGUGUGUUAGCGCUCCGCGGCCAUGAUGUAUUCUAGCUUUAAAAAGUUACCCGAUUUAUCCUACCGAAGCCAUAAAUUGCAAAUGGCCACAUACGGAGACGCAAGAAGUUUCGAUUCGUUCGACAUACGGCCAGCGUAUCUCGACAGAGGUCGAUUUGUCGAUCCGUACAGAUGGGUGGCGACACCGAUCCAGACCGGCAACUCGGCAACGACCAUUUCGGCGAACGGCAGCAACAAAAACAGCCGGGCGAUGACGUCGUCGCCGGCCAAUGGAGAAUCAGGUGUGAGUGCGGUGACGGGAGUGACGGGAAUUCCAAAUCUGGUCGAAUUGGACGACGCGUUUAAUACGUUAGAUCCUGGCCAAUUGUUGAGACUGUCCGCCUUUCUGUCGGAGACGCCGAGAACGGUAGAAACUAUCCCGUCCACGCAAUCUGCCCGCCUGCUGGAACGGCGUCGUAAAUCUUCCAGCAUGUUGGUAGACGAUCUUUUACACGAAAUCUAUCGCCAGCCUGGCAGAAAAUACAGCGGGGACGAAGACGAAGCCUUCUCCAGUAACGAAGACGUGUCCAACAGCGAGUCGGCCAACAAUGGAAUAGGCGAAGUGAUACAAGGCUCGCGUUUCUCAUCCAAGUGCGUCGAGCCCCUCAAAAAGAAAGAUACCUCGGAGUUGGUGGUGAUGCGCGAUCAUUUGCGUGAAGCUCUUUCGCGUGUAACAACGUCACUGAUUCAACAGCUGACCAAGCGUGACCGCCUAGUCCUUGAGCGUGAACGUCACUGCGAUGUCAUCACGGCCAUUCUCCAAGCCGCCUCGCCAAAAAGAAGUCAAGAUACCAAAAUGCGAUUCAGCAUUGAUCCACCAACCAGCAGUAUCGGUUCCUCAACUUCCUCACUUCAAUCGCCUUGCUCCGGCUCUCCACAACAGAAACCAGCACAACACCAGCUGUCGGAGUCCUCCGGGUUUCAGCAAUGGCACGAUGCUAUGCGAAUGGUCGCUCGACUUCCGGGAGGUGUUCCCCCCGAGUUUCGUCGCAAGCUGUGGCUGGCGCUGGCUGAACAACAUCUUUUACGGAUUGGCGUUGAUUGGUCGGACGUCGAACGAAAUUGUUUCAAUGAUCGGAUCAACCCAGAUGACGAGGAUCUCGGUGCCCAGAUUGUUCGGGACCUUCAUCGGACGGGAUGUAGUUUAUUCUGCGGAGAAGAUGCCUUACCUAAUCAGGCGCUACUCAAGCGAGUAUUGCUGGCCUAUGCCCGCUGGAACAAAGAAGUUGGCUACUGUCAAGGGCUUAAUGUUCUGGCCGCCCUGCUGCUUGAAGUUAUGAACCGUUCCGAAGUCGAAAGCCUUAAAAUGAUGAUCUAUUUGAUCGAAGGUGUCCUUCCCACCGGCUACUUUGCUAACAACCUACGGGGCUUGUCCAUCGAUAUGGCUGUGUUUCGAGAUCUUUUGCGUCAGCGGCUUCCUGCCCUGUCGCGUCAUUUCGAAAUGCUCCAACAGUCCGAGUCGAGCACCGGUUCAUCGUCCUCGUACUGCAUUGAGCCUCCACUAACUAACGUCUUCACGAUGCAAUGGUUUCUCACCCUUUUCGCCACCUGCCUACCUAAGGCUGCCGUCCUUCGUGUGUGGGAUCUGAUCUUUCUCGAAGGCAACGACAUCCUCCUGCGCACCGCUCUUGCCAUCUGGCAAACCCUUGCAGAACGCAUUCUGACGGUGCGGACCUGUGAUGAUUUCUAUUCAAUCAUGGCGGUUUUGGCUCGCGAAAUGCUCGAAUUCGGAUUAAUGGAACCCAACCACCUGGUCCAGACAAUCGUCAGCAUGGCACCAUUCCCUUUCCCUGGACUGAAUGAACUCCGCGAUAAAUACCGAUACAACAUAACGCCAUGGAGUGGUGGAAGUGGCCGCGUUCGCUUGUUUUACAGUGACGACGAUCCGGAUAUCGAAGCGGAAGAGGACGAUGACGAGGAAAAAACGAAAGCCAUGAACGCCGUGGCCACCGUGUUUGGUGGUCUAAUGACAUCAUCUUCCAUUUUUCGUCACACUGGCCGACGCAUCACAGACAUUACAUUCCGGAAAUCGAGCAAUUUAAAGCACACACCUUCAUCAGCCUCGUCUAUUGGCUCGUCCAGUAACGAGAAAGAGAAACUCCAGCUGGACAUAGCUGCCUUGAGAAAACAAUACGCCAAGCUUCGCGAGAGGCAGAAACAAGCGCACGUUAUGUUCUGGUCAGUGGCGUCCAGUGCGGCCACUAGCGCUCGACGUGGAUCCUCAGAAGCCACUACCGUUUGUUCGUCAUCUUCCGCCUCGUCUAGCACCAAUCCUGUCAACCACUUGUUAGCGGGUAGGAAGCCUUUGCUAACUCGUAGGCCUUCGGUAUCGUCGUCGCCUUCAACUUCGUCCAAUCCUUCGCAGCAAGCACCCAAAUUAAGGCUGCCGCCUCCGCGGAUUCCCCCGGCACUGGGAACGAACACCACCGAUGACAAGGUUAGGCCUUUUGCACUGGAACACGAUGGUUAUGCUUUUUGAAUAUGCCCUUUCCGUACGAGUUCUCGGAACUGCCACGAAGAAAAAUGAUGUUGGCCUAAUAUAUCAAAUCGCGUUUCACUCACCAAGUUAUGAAAAAUUGGAAGAAAAGUUCGUCUAUGUUAGGUUUAAAGGUUAGAAGACAGGACUUGAUGAAGGACAGUGCGUCGGUCUUGUUAAUACAACAUUUUUACGGCUGCUAAAAACAGAAUAUUUAGAGAGCAUCCUUCAUUUUUCAAAGCAGUCCCCACGGCUCUUUGUGGCGACGUGAGAAUCUAAUUUUAGGGCCUAUUCGACAAAACUAUUUAUCUAAGAGUUGAGACUGAUGGCGUGGAAAUUUAACAAAGGUGUAUAAUACGUCUCAGCUAGUUUGUUAGUUGUGCCGCGAAUCAAACUAUAUUUUGAACGGGAGGCACCACGCCAAAGCGUACCCUUUAUUCAAUGUUUAUAAACGAUUAAAUUUUUUUUAGUUCUCUUCGCGUACCCUUGUUUGUGUUCUUCGUUUCCAUUGUCUGUGCAAUCCAAAACGGUUUAAAAUGUCUUUCAAGUUUUUUUUUUGUUUUUGCGUUUCCCCCUCCAACCCGUUCGACUUCCGACGAUAAGACGGUGUAAUUAGGACUGAAGGAAGCGCCGCUUUUCUUAUUGAUAUUAUUAUGUCAUUGCUUCUUGUCACUGACUGCUUGUUCGUCAGCCGGAUUGUCUUUCGUUGUUGCUCUUUUCGAACCACUGUCAACCGAUCUGCCCUACAGUCAUCCUAUUUUCUGAAAACGUCGUCUUGUUAAUUACUUGUUGUGCUUGUUUUUCGCUUUUCUCUGUACUCUUCUGAAUUGUGUACGUAAUAAUAUGUGCGUACAUGUGA